CCUUAGGACUGUUUUGGAAAUGCGCCUUUGUAACACACGCGAAUGAGCAUGGCUAUCAUCAUGUGUGACUUUCGUGGAAGGAUGUUCCAGUUUCAAAAGAGAGCCUAAAGGAGCUCUUGCCGAGAACAGAUCUUCUGACCCUGUGUGAAUAAAUGUGCGCAGUUGUAAAGAAGCUGAGCAGAAAAACUUUGCACAGAAAGUCGCCACCAUUGAAUGCAUGGAGGAGAUCGCGGGAGUCUAUGUGCUGCUGGUAUUCACCAUCCUCCUCGUCAUUUCAGUCAUUACUUUAUUUAUACAUGUUCGAAAAUUACGAAAAACCGUCGAAAUGCUAACGAGACCAUUCGAAUACUGCAACCCAUUCGUUACAGUGGUCGAACGUCGAAGAAAAAAUAAGCAAAAAGACCCAAAAACAAUGGGAACACCCAGCCCUCCACCACCAAGGCCCUUAUCUGGCACAUGUCCUUGGAUUUUGGAGUCUAAGGAGAGUGUUGUUAUGGUACCCUCACGGGAAGAGUCCCCAAAGGAAGUGUUCUGCGACAACGAUUUAUCCUUAUUGGAGGUCAAUACAGCCACGUGUGAUACAUUUUAAAUACCCUUUGACAGUGAAGGUUAACUGAACUAAUCUUUCUAUGAGAAGAGCAUUCAUGGAAAGCUAAGUAAAACUUAGCUAAAAAAAGUAAUCCAUCGUAAAGUAAUUGAAAGGUUGUAAAUUUCCCUCUGCCGUCAAGAAUGGACAACUGUCCUUCUAGCUUUAAGGUACUCCAGCUCAUCCAAGGAAAGUUAGGAACGCUUUGAUCUUCUUUCAUUCAAUACCAAAAAUUGUGUUCAGCUCUUCAAAAUUAAACCUAAUAUAUACGUAAAGAGGAUUUAUAAAUCUAUACAAUCUAGCUUGGUAAAAGAAGAAGACUGAUCGUUCAAGACAACACUGUUCCGGCAAAAUUCUUGGUCAGGCUACGGUAUAUUCUGUGAUUCAUUCAUGUAUCAUUUUAAAUGUCAAAAACUUGUUUUAUAGUCGAGUUCUCACACGAAGAUGCAAAUGAUAUUACAGGCUAAAAUAGCUGUACAAACCUUCAUCAGUAGUUUCAUCUUCUAGACACCUAAAAAAAUGGUUUCUCAUACACAAAGAAACCCAUGCUUGGACAUUUCCUCCUUCCUCCCCGCGGCAGGGAGAACCCUGGGAAUCAGUCUACCACUAGCGUCACGCAAGAAUUAGAAAGGAACAUUGAAGAUUGCGUGAUGUAAUGUUUAUAGUACGUCGUGACCAGUCGAACACAUAUAUCUUCAGAUUUCAUCCUUAUUCAGUCAUAAUCAACAAACCGUAAUUUCGCGGACAUGAACAGUUUCACCUCGGCAAUUUUUCUUGUCGUUGCCGUUGGGGAAGUUGGAGGAAAAAGCAAUCCUACCAAGAAUGAGAAACUCACAAAAGUUUACGUCCGUUUGCGAGAUUCCAGUAUUUCUUAUGCUGGACGAGUGGAGAUAAGCAACGACGAGGAGAGCUGGGGCACAAUUUGCGACAAGCACUGGACCAAAGAUGAUGCCACUGUCAUAUGCAAACAGCUAGACUUUCCGCUUGCAGUGGCCGCUGUCCCCAUGGCUGGCUUUAGCGCAGGCACAGGACCUAUAUUUCUUAAAGAUGUGAAGUGCACCGGGAGGGAGAGAUCACUGCUAGAAUGCGAAUACGACGUAUGGAAAAAGCAUGACGUCAAUGAGUCAUGUGACCACAGCAUGGAUGUGGGAGUUGUCUGCUACCCUCAUAAAGAAAUUUUGCCUAUAAUCAUCAUGAUAGUCUUGGGAUUUCUUCUUGGAGUAUCCUGCCUUGUAAACGUCUGCUUAAUCUACUACGUGUGCUGCAAACGAAAACGAAAGAAAAAACGUCAUUUGACGGCCGUGCAACAGAGCACCUUAUCAAGAAGAACUGGAUCACAAGCAGGGCUAGACAAUUUGGGGAUACAGAGCGACAUUUGCACAGAACCGUCUACUAAUAUCAGACAAAAUAACUUACUAAUCCAGAAAAACGGAAUCAAGCCGGCCGACCCAAGUGAAGAUGAAAAUUCUAAACAACUAUCGAGAGAAGCAGCCGCUGAUCAGUGGGAGAUGGAGCAACAUGUUUAUCAGCGGCUGCAAUCAUGUGUAUUAGAUCCGAUGUCCGAGGAGUACAUAGAAAUUAUGGAACACGGACCCCAAAAGUCGCCCAAUCAACACGCAGAAAGGAAGGAGAUUGUAAAAUCAGUUAGGGCUGCUAGUUACCAGUCUCUUAAACCGAAAGGAUUGGAACACAGUAAGGAUGAUGGGAAUGGAAAGGUGAAUCGCUACGAACAUUUACAGCUGCGAAAUAGACUCCCAGAAGAAGUCCAGCCUUCCCUGGUCGAGCAGGGCCCGAGCACCAAUGAGAAUGCAAACGAAGAUAUUCCCGAUUAUGUUGAUAUUGUUGAUGAUAGCAGGUUAGUGACGAGUGCUAAGGCACCGCCUACGUCAUCGGCAACAAUCAGUAAUUUAUAUGAAACGCUAAAACCAGCACAGGGCCCUCCAUCACAUCAAAUGGACGCAGCCGGCCCAUGCUCGACACCAGCUGCGGACCAGAAUUCCGUUCAAGUGGCGAGCCAAGAAGAAGAUAAUUACAUGGAACUUCUAGCCUGAGAACGAGGCUACUAGAUUAUGAACUACCUGAUUGAAAUUAGGUUCUGACGAAUGUGAUUAAUAGCGCUGACUGAGCAAGAAAAUGGACCCUUCAUUCCUCAGAUCAUUUUAAAGUUAUAUUGAAUAGGGGCGUGGCCAGGAUUUUUCAAAGGGGGGCGGGGGUCACACUGUGCCAAACAGAAGGUAAACACUAGAUUGUCAUGUCGACCUCUACGCCGUGUUUUACCCAAUGUAACAAAAAAAAAGGCUUACAAAGGGGGAGUCACGGGCACACCCCGAGACCCCCUCCUCAUUAGCUACGCCCUUGUUGAAAGGUCAUUUGGUCUCCUGAUAAUAACGCGACAUAAGCAUUGCUUAACUUUGCUUUGCCUGUUUUCGUGGAAAGUAAUCUAUAAAAGAACCAGCAUAUGUUGAUUCUUGACACAGGAAUAGGUUCUAAAGAUUCUCCAGGGAUUUUCGAAGUUGCGAAAAAUAAUAUUGAGGGUUAUUAUUUUAUGACCAAGCCAAAAACAAAUGGCACAUUCAGUCUUUCUCAUGCAUCCUCUUUUAGAUGAAUACAAUUUACAAGCUGUUAUUGCCUCUGGAUAUAAACAAUAAAAAGCGUUUUUAGCAACUUUGUCUUUUUUUCUUGUGUUCUCCCGUUUUUCCAUGUGUUAUGCUGCGAAGUGUUUGAUCAAUAAGAUUCGACGUUUCAGUUUGAGGUGUUUUUCGAGGCUAACCACCUUCAGAGAGUUUCCUAAUUAUAAUUAUUCUGAAAAGAUUCUGAUUUUUCGAGACUCUUCCAAACAACUCUACCCUCUCUGUCCCUUAUAUCGACAAGUUCUUUGUUAACCAAAACAAACGGUUCCCUCUUUCUUUUAAAUGCUACUUCUUUGCUCCUUCAACUUUCACGAUAUCUCUUUGAAAUCGUCAAAAAGCCGCAUGCUUUCAUGUUCA